GAUAUAAGUAUAUAACCCAGAUCUAUUUCUCUCUCAGUCAGUCAUCAUUGGAUUCAAAAGAAAUGUCCGGCAUCAUGAACAGAAACAAAGACAAUGGCAAGAAGCCAGCCGCCGCCUCCGGGCAGAACUCCACCGACGUCAACCUCAAAGUCAAGAACCAGAAAUUGAAAACAAUGUACUUCAGGAUGAGGCGCAAUACUCCGCUCCAGGAGCUUAUUGAUGUUUACUGUAAGAAAAACGACGUUUACCACUUCCGAUUCCUCUUUGAUGGCCAUGGGAUUAAUCCCAAGCUCACUGCACUCCAGUCUGGAAUGAAAGAUGGGGAUGAAAUUUCUGCAAUGUUGCACGUUGACGGAGGUGGUCGACGUGGCUAGUCGAGAAAUUUCAGAAGCUGUAAUCAAUCUCUUACCAAGUAGAAGUACUAUGUGUCUCGUCUAUUAUCCCCUAAACAAAGAGAACUAUGCGCGUCUGUCUAUGAACACUAUUGCUAGUUCCCCAGAUAGUAGAGAUGUUGGUUGUGAUCUGUUUAGUAACUAUGAAUGCUUGUUUUAACUAGCUAUUGAUCUGAUUGGUUUUAGUUCA